CACAAAAAACCAAUCAAAGGGAAAAAGAAUAUCAGCAGAGAGAGAGCGAGAGAGAGACUACUGCUGUUGUACGGCCAUGGCAACGGUUGCAGCAGGAGUAGGGGGGGUGGGACUUGGAAGAGCAAAGCUGCACUCCCUCAACCCAAAACGCCCAUCUCAAUUUUCCGGAAAGAAGCUCAAGCUCAGACCCUCUUUUGAACCAAACCCACAUGGAAAAUCCGGACCACUGGUUGUUCAUGCCACUGGAGGGGAACUAAUGGGUCUUGUUCACAACCUCUUUGUGGGUGUUGGAGUGGGACUCCCGUGCACUGUGAUGGAGUGUGGUGAUAUAAUAUACAGAAGCACUCUGCCCAGGUCAAAUGGGAUCACACUUACAGUCCCUGGAGUGAUUCUAGCACUGGGUACAGUUUCUUACCUGUGGGCCACCCCCGGCGUGGCCCCAGGGUUCUGGGACAUGUUUGUUCUUGCUUUUGUUGAGAGGUUGUUCAGACCCACUUACAGGAAGGAUGAUUUUGUGUUGGGGAAGAAGUUGGGUGUGGGGGCUUUUGGUGUGGUGUAUAGAGUUUCACUGGCUAAGAAUCCCGCUUCAAAGAAAGAAGGUGAUCUAGUCUUGAAAAAGGCUACUGAAUAUGGUGCAGUCGAGAUCUGGAUGAAUGAGCGCGUUCGGAGGGCUUGUUCGAGCAGCUGUGCUGAUUUUCUGUAUGGCUUUCUUGAGAAUUCAUCAAAGAAAGGAGCUGAAUAUUGGCUCUUGUGGCGGUUUGAAGGGGAAGCCACGUUGUCAGAUUUGAUGCUGAGUAAAGAUUUCCCUUACAAUGUGGAAGCAAUGAUUCUAGGUGAAGUUCAGGCCUUGCCAAAGGGGUUGGGAAGGGAAAAUAGAAUCAUUCAGACAAUUAUGAGACAACUUCUAUUUGCAUUGGAUGGUCUUCACACAACAGGGAUUGUCCACCGAGAUAUAAAGCCACAGAAUAUUAUUUUCUCGGAAGGAUCUCGCACAUUCAAGAUUAUUGACCUUGGUGCUGCAGCGGAUUUGAGGGUCGGCAUCAACUAUAUCCCAAAGGAGUUUCUUUUGGACCCAAGAUAUGCUGCGCCUGAGCAAUACAUUAUGAGCACUCAAACUCCAUCUGCUCCUUCGGCGCCUGUGGCAACUGCACUUUCCCCGGUUUUGUGGCAGAUGAAUCUACCAGAUAGAUUUGAUAGCUACAGUGCCGGCCUUAUAUUCUUACAAAUGGCAUUCCCAUCAUUACGUAGCGACAGUAAUCUCAUACAGUUCAACCGUCAGCUAAAACGAUGCGAAUACAAUUUGGUUUCCUGGAGAAAGACGGUAGAACCCCGUGCCAGUUCUGAACUCAGAAGGGGCUUUGAACUGUUAGAUUUGGAUGGGGGAAUAGGGUGGGAACUUCUAACAUCAAUGGUCCGGUACAAAGCACGCCAAAGAACCAGCGCAAAAGCUGCUUUAGCACAUCCUUACUUCGACAGAGAAGGCCUUUUGGCCUUGUCCUUUAUGCAGAGUUUACGGUUGCAACUCUUCCGAGCUACUCAACAGGACUACUCGGAAGCUGCCUCGUGGGUUAUUCAGUUAAUGGCAAAGUCAGGAACUAAGCAAGAUGGUGGUUUCACAGAAGCUCAGCUUCAGGAGCUCAGAGAAAUAGAGCCAAAGAAGAAGGCAAGUCCGCAGAGGAAUGCUCUGGCUUCGGCUCUACGGCUCCAAAGGAAGUUUAUGAGAACUAUAAAUGAGAGUAUGGAUGAGCUUAACCAACGCCGGAAGAGCUUAUGGUGGAGCAGGUGGAUUCCCAGAGAAGAAUGAAAUUUGUAAAUACAAUACUUUUUUUUGAAUUUUACUGUAAAUUAAAUUUUGUGCAGGCCAUCGUCACAUACUGAUUCGAUGGAAUAUAAUGAUGUUUAAAAGAAUACGAGCAAUGGAUGUAAAAGAAAAUCUACUUCGUUUU